AUGGCGCACGCGCUCGUCGUGGACGUCGACGACGCGGAAUCCUGGCGCGGGGCGCUGGAGAAGAUUGAAGAGCACUACGAGACGCUCGCACCGAGCGCGCUGGGGACGUGGAGCGACGCGCACACGAUCGCGGUGGCGGCGACGGGUGGGGUGGGGCGCCUGGAGCGGCACGGGCGGGCGCUGCUCGAGCAUCUCCGAGAGCGGUUCGGCGUCAUCGUGGACGUGGAUGAGAACGAAGAUCGGGUGGUGAUCAAUCACGAGAUACGGGACGUCGUGAUCGAGGUGGCGAGGAUCUUACACCUGCAGAUGGAGCAAACGCGAAUGAUGGAACAGAGGGCCGCGACGACGAGCGCGGAGCGGACGCCGGCGCCGGCGGCACAGUCGCCAUUUUCCCCCGUCGACGGCGUGAGCGAGGACGCGAUGAUGCGGGAAGUUUUAGGGAAAUUUGGUAACGAGGAGAUCGGCAACGUGUGCGAGAGGCUGGAGGGGAGACGGGUGACGAGGAUUCGAUUGGUUGAGCUACUCGGGACGCCUCUAGAGGAGCAACUCGCAUAUCCGAUUGAACACGUUGCCGGUAGCGUCGUGCGUGUCAGACUCCCGCGGCGGUCGUUCAGCGACGACAAGCGGUAUGGUGUGGGCGUCAUAAUGCGUGCGGUCGCGACGACGUCGUCCUCGGGUGAUCUCACAUGGGUUUUCCAGGUGAACAUGGGCGGCGGGCGGCUUCACGAGACAGACAUCGUGUACAUCUCCAACGACGCCAUCACCGUACCGGAGGUGUGUCGACUGCUCCAUCGUUGCAGCUCGGAUCGCGACUCGGAGACGCAGGGGUUCAUGAGCGAAGUUUUGAGCUCUAAACCGGCGUCGGCCACAUAG